UUUGCUGGUGCAGAAUACACGUUCAUUUUCCCCUCCAACAUGGCCAUGCAGGUCGAUCUUUCCAAUGCCCAGAUGGUGAAGGAUGAGACGGGCCGUCCUUUCAUCAUCGUGCGAGACCAAGGCAAGAAGAAGAGGCAGCAUGGAAACGAGGCCGUCAAAUCCCACAUCCUCGCAGCCCGGACAGUCGCCAAUCUUGUCAAAACAUCGCUAGGUCCCCGCGGUCUCGACAAGAUUCUCAUCUCCCCCGAUGGCGACAUCACCGUUACCAACGACGGCGCUACCAUCCUGUCCCAGAUGGAAAUAACGAACCACGUCGCGAAACUUCUGGUCGAACUCUCUAGAUCCCAAGACGACGAGAUUGGCGAUGGAACAACCGGUGUGGUGGUUUUGGCUGGCGCUCUCUUAGAACAGGCCGCAGAUCUCAUAGACAAGGGCAUUCACCCCAUCAGGAUAGCGGACGGUUACGAUCAGGCGUGCGAGGCAGCCGUGGCCAGGCUGGAUGAGAUCAGUGACGAGAUCCACUUCUCCAAGGACAACGUCGAGGAGCUCUUCAAGGUGGCCAAGACCAGUUUGGGCAGUAAGAUUGUCUCCAAGGCACACGAUCACUUCGCCCAAAUCGCAGUGGAUGCUGUUCUCUCCGUGGCCGAUCUCACCCGCAAGGACGUCGAUUUCGAGCUCAUCAAGGUGGAUGGCAAAGUCGGAGGUGCUCUGGAAGACACAUUGUUGGUGCAGGGAGUCAUAAUAGACAAGGACUUUUCUCAUCCCCAGAUGCCUUCGGAAGUCAAGGACGCAAAGCUUGCCAUCCUCACCUGCGCUUUCGAGCCACCCAAGCCCAAGACCAAGCACAAGCUCGACAUCACCAGCGUCGAGGAGUUCAAGAAGCUCCAGACGUACGAGUCGAACAAGUUCACCGAGAUGAUCCAACAAAUCAAAGACACCGGAGCCAACGUUGUGAUAUGUCAGUGGGGUUUCGAUGACGAGGCAAAUCACCUUUUGUUGACCAACAAAUUGCCCGCUGUCCGGUGGGUCGGAGGACCCGAGAUCGAGCUGAUUGCCAUUGCCACCAACGGACGCAUCGUACCCCGUUUUGAGGACUUGAGCGCAGACAAAUUGGGUUCUGCAGGAAUCGUGCGGGAACUGACAUUCGGAACUACACGCGACAAGAUGCUCGUCAUUGAGGAGUGCGCAAACACUCGCGCUGUGACCGUCUUCGUACGCGGAAGUAACAAAAUGAUCAUUGACGAAGCGAAGCGAUCAUUGCACGACGCUCUUUGCGUGGUGCGAAAUUUGGUGCGAGACAACCGUAUCGUUUACGGGGGUGGUGCCGCAGAGAUUGCCUGCUCACUUGCUGUAGAAGACGCCGCUGUGAAGAGUCCUGGUCUUGAACAAUACGCGAUGCGCGCAUUCGCGGAAGCUCUUGACGCUGUCCCCAUGGCCCUCGCUGAGAACUCUGGGCUGAGCCCCAUUGAGACAUUGGCGAACAUUAAGUCCCGCCAGGCGAAGGAAAAGAACACCAGGUUGGGUGUUGAUUGCAUGCAAACGGGCAGCAAUGAUAUGAAAGAACAUUUCGUCAUCGAUCCUCUCAUUUCUAAGAGGCAACAAUUGUUGCUCGCAACGCAACUUUGCAGAAUGGUGCUUAAGAUCAACAACGUUAUCAUUGCCGGCAGCGGCGAGGACGAUUACUAAAAACGUU